AUGGUCAAGAAAGUAGCUCUCAUUACUGGCGGGGCUAGUGGAAUGGGACUCGCUGUUGCUGAAGCCCUCGCAGCUCGUACUAAUGAAGAGUGGGACCUGCACCUUGUCGACCUCAGCGCUGAUAAUCUCACGAAAGCCACGUCCUCGCUCAAGAAUGGGCACGCUCACCAGGCGAAUGUAGCCGACUACGCCUCGCUGGUAGCGGCUUUCGAAUCAGCAUGGUCAAAGUCAGGUCGUCUCGACUUCGUCUUCGCGAACGCUGGUAUCGCCGAAAAAGACAAUUUCUACCAAGAACACGCUCUCGACGCGCCGCCUCCACCGCCGAACAGCCUCGUAAUCGAUGUCAAUUAUACGGCAGUGAUAAAUACCUCAUGGCUCGCGUUCCACUACUUCCGGAAAUCCCAGGCCAAGCAUGGCAGAGAGAACAAUGACGCGGCCCUAGUCAUGACUGCGAGCUGUGGUGGACUCUAUCCAGCCGAGUUCGGCCCUAUGUACUCCGGUGCUAAAGCGGGAGUAAUUCACUUUAACCGUGCUAUCACAGUAGCAUACCACCACGCUGGCAUUAGGACGUUCACGGUCUGCCCAAGCAUCGUUCGCACCGGCCUGUUGAGCGAAGAGGAAUGGGGAUCUCUCCCAGAGAGCUUCAUGACACCCAUGGACACAGUCGUCAACGCCGUGGUGAAGGUGAUGGAUGGAGGAGACAUUGAGGACGCUAACGGGAGGAAGGUAGCGGGCAAGGAUAACUGGGGUCUGACUGUGGAGCUUUUUGGGAAGAACUUCUACUUCCGAGACGGUGUAGAGUACUGUGAUGAGGCCAUGAGGACUAUGGCGACGAGUACGGGCAUGAAAGCGCAGCUAGAGAGGAUCGGGAAGCCAAAGGCGGAGGGCGAACAUGGAGCUCCGAUUCUUAACGAUAAAACAUCGGUUCCCGCAUUCUAUGCCACCAAUUCAGACAACUCAGCCUGUGGCCUGUCACGCUUCUCCGCAGGUAGUAUAGGUAUCGAUCUAUGCGACGGAUGUCCCGUUGGGCCGCCAGCUCCAGACAUUCUUGUCUCCAACGCCUUUAUCCUCCGAUGGUACCGAAAGAAGAACCAUCCUACUGUUACCAACGCCACCAUUGCGAAUGCUGCGCCCAAUGCUACCCCUGUCAUUGCACCACCCGAGAGUGUCUUGCUGUCCCUCUCCGCUAUUACGCUGGAUACAGGCGACAAACUAGUGGAUGAAGAGACCGAUAUGGAGGUCGUCGUCAAACUAGUAGUAGAUGCGAUGAGUGAUGUGGAUGAUUGA